GCGAAGAAUCUCGAGCCGCGGCCAACGACGCCGAGCGCACCGCUGCCACACUGCGCCCUGAUAGUAUUGCUCCACGAGCCGCCAUGGCAACGCGCCACGCUGAUUCAUCAAGGUACGACCGCGGCGACCGUGGUCGCUACUCCCCACCCCGCCGCAACCGCUCCAGGUCGCCAGCCCGCCGUGACCGCUCGAGGGACCGCUAUGCAGACCGCUACAGCGGGGGUCGAGUCCGCGACGACCGCGACCGCGCCCGCGACAGAGACCGAGGGGGCCGCGACCGCCGCGAUGACCGUCGAGACGACCGCCGAGACCGCGACACGCACCGCCGCCGCUCGCGUUCGCCAGGCCGCCGGGACAGGUCACGAGACCGCCAUGGAGACCGCUACAGGCGCGACCGCGACAACGACGAUAGGUCGCGGCGCUCGCAGUCAUACCGCCCGGGCUCGUCGCAUGCUACGCCCGCCCCCGACAGCAAGCGUGACGCGCGCGAUGAGAAGCGCAAGGACCCUGAGAAACAGCAGCAGGACAAGCAGGCAGAGCGGGCCGCGAAGCUCGCCGAGUGGAAGAAGCUGAACGCCGAGCGGCUGGCCAAGGAGAAGGGCGACACCCCGGCGGCCUCUGUAGCCUCGCCAACGACGACUGCGCCCUCGACGCCCGCUCCUGCUGCCGUUGCUGCCACCGUUGCAUCACCACUGGCCAGCGACACCAAACCAGAAGCCGCCAAGGCCCGGGCGCCGCAGAAGAGCGCCACGGACAAGGUCAAGCAGAAGCAGCCCGAGAAGUCGACCUUCAAGCUCGACGAGUCGGCCGCCGCCCGCCCGCUGCUGGCCAAGCCCGCCGGCAAGCCCGUCACCGCCCUCGCAGCCAGCCGCGCUGCUGCACAGGCGGCCAAGGCCAACAGCAACAUCGGCUCAUUCGGCCUCAAGGCGAAGACGGCUACCGAAGGCGAGGCCACCAAGAAGACGCUGCUCGACGACGAGGACGACACGGGCAAGCGCAAGUUCCAGGCGCUCCCCGAGUUCACGCCCAUCGACGAGCCUGCGCCCUCGCUCGACGUCGACGAGGACGACGAGGACGACGCGGCCAUGAGCGACUUCGGCAGCGAGGACGCAGAGACACAUGCCCAGUUGCAGGCCCAGCUCGAGAAGCGCCGCGCCGAGGUCGCAAACGAGGACUCGCGCAUGGAAGAAGCCCCCGCUGCCGACGACAGCGCCGACAAGAUGGACGUUGACGAAUCCGCAGGCGCCGAAGAAGACGACGUCGACCCUCUCGAUGCCUUCAUGGCCGACCUCGGCGAGGCCCAGCCAAAGCGCGGCGCCCCCCAGGGCCAGGCCAUGUUCAACGACGACCUCGAGCCCGAGCAGACGUCGGUCGAGGCAGAGGACCUGCUCGCCCUGCACGCGUCGCGGAAGAAGAAGAAGGAAGUGCCCGCAAUCGACCAUGACAAAGUUGAGUACGAGCCAUUUCGCAAAGACUUCUACACUGAGCCAGCCGAGGUCACACAGAUGACGCCAGAGGAGGUCGCCGACCUCAGGCACGAGCUGGACGGCAUCAAGGUCAAGCCGGAUGAUGUGACGCGCCCGGUUACGAAGUGGGCACAGAUGGGCUUGCUGCAAGCGACCAUGGAUGUCUUUACGAAGCUGCGAUACGAGCGGCCCACCUCGAUCCAGUCUCAAGCGAUCCCCAUCGCCGAAUCAGGCUCAGAUCUAAUCGGAGUCGCCAAGACCGGCUCCGGCAAGACACUCGCCUUUGGUAUCCCUAUGAUUCGUCACAUUCUAGACCAGCGUCCUCUCAAGCCUGCUGACGGCCCCAUCGGACUGAUCCUAGCCCCCACUCGAGAGCUGUGCCUGCAGAUCGGCGCUGAACUUAAGCCCUUCCUCAGCGCAUCAGGACUCACCAUCAAGUGCGCGUAUGGCGGCCAGCCCAUCUCUGAUCAAAUCGCGAUGAUGAAGCGAGGUGGGAUCCAUCUGCUCUGUGCGACGCCCGGCCGUCUUAUUGAUCUUCUGCAAAGCAACUCAGGUCGAGUUCUCAACUUCCGACGCAUCACCUAUGUUGUUCUUGAUGAAGCUGACCGCAUGUUCGAUAUGGGCUUUGAGCCGCAAGUCAUGAAGAUUCUCGCAAACGUUCGCCCUGAUCGUCAGACCAUCCUGUUUUCUGCAACUUUUCCAAAGAACAUGGCUGCGCUUGCCCGAAAGGCGCUCAACAAGCCGGCAGAAGUCAUCAUUGGCGGUCGAAGCAAGGUUGCUCCUGAAAUUACCCAAAUCAUCUCCCUCGUGCUACCCUCGUAUGAGAAGAAGAUCUCUAACACUCUGCUGCAUCUUGGUCAACUUUUCGCUGAUGAUGAGAACGCGCAAGUACUCAUAUUUACAGAGCGUCAAGAAACAGCGGAAGAUCUCCUCUCCAAGCUCUUCAAAGCCAAGUAUUACUCUGUCAACACUAUCCACGGAGCUAAAGACCAGACUGAUCGUAACGAAGCUAUCAACGACUUCAGGCAAGGUAUCCUUUCUGUUCUCAUCGCUACUUCUGUUGCAGCUCGUGGCUUGGACGUACCAGGCCUAGCCAUGGUCUUGAAUUUUGACUGCCCGACACAUCUGGAGGACUACGUUCACCGAUGCGGACGCACGGGACGAGCAGGCAACAAGGGCACUGCGAUCACACUGAUCGAGAACCCAGGCCAAGAGCGGUUUGCUGUUCACAUCGCCAAAGCCUUGAAGGAGAGCGGGCACGAUGUAUCUGACGAUCUACAGAAGAUGGUCGACACUUUCCACGAGAAGGUCAAGUCGGGCGAGGAGAAAUGGUACACUGGCUUCGGUGGCAAAGGUCUCGACAAGCUUGACGCUGCACGUGCCUUGGAGAAGAAGCGCGAGAAGCGCGCCCACAAAAUGGGCGACGAUGACGAGAGCGACGAGGAGCCUGAGCUGCCGGCCCUCAAGAAGCCCGAGGUCGCCGGCCCUGGUAUCGAAAAGGCGGCUAACGGAGCUGCAGCCGAGACCGAAGACCAACCCUCCUGGAUGAAGAUCCUCAACAGCAAGGUCGUCGUCAGCAAGACUGAGCGCCCCGAAGCCAGCGCAUCCGGCAAGCCUAUGACGCCCAGGGAAAAGGCAAUGGCGGCUGCCAUGAAGGUCGACGGCCGUCUUAGCAAAAAGGGCAUGAUCCACGCCGGACAGCCGAUCGACAACAAGGGCCCCGACGCGGGUCUAUACCAUUCAACCAUCGAGAUCAACGACUUCCCGCAGAAGGCGCGAUGGGCCGUCACCAACCGCACAAACGUCGCGAAGAUCCUCGAGUCGACUGGUGUCUCCAUCACAAGCAAGGGCGUCUUCUACGCCCCCGGCAAGGAACCAGGAGAAACCGAUCUGCCCAAACUGUACAUCCUCGUCGAGGGCGAUACCGAGAAUGUCGUCACACAGGCUAUGCAGGAUCUCACUCGUCUCUUGCGCGAGGGAACUAUUGCGGCCGAGGAGGCGUCGACGACUCGUGGUCCGACGGGCAAAUACAGCGUUGUCUGAGACGGGUUUCUCUUCGAGGUAUGUGUGUGCAUGUGUGUGUGUGCAGAGAACAACAGUAGCCAGCUGUUUGUUCUCUUUUUUCUUGCCUUUUUUGCAUUUCUCUCGAUCUCCAUAUCCAAGCCGUGGGGAUGAUGGUGUGCAUAUUCUGGGAUGGCAUGGAAUGGAAUGGAACGGAAUGAAUGGAGCCAAAGAAAAAUAUGCAUCUGAACGGGGGACGGGGGGGAGGGGGGGACGAGAACUCGCUUUCGAAGGAAGUGUACCCACGCCAUGUACAUGUGAGUAAUCACCCGAGCUCUCUCUCUCUCUAUAUCUAUCUCGUCGAUGAUUUCUUCGAUUUACACGCCCCCUCUUCGCAGGUCAAUCCGGAUGUCUACCACUCGAAACAUAUGCGC